AUGGAUAUAACACAGGAAGGUUCUGGUUCAGGUUGGUGUGCUGGUUGUGAGAAUGAGAAUGGUUCAAAUUAUUGGGAUUAUUCGGAUUACUGGGCUGGAAUGUCUUCAGCCUUCAGCCAUUCUGAACUGGUUGCCGUGACGACACUGUGUGUGCCACUGCUGGUGCUCGGCCUGAUGGGUAAUAUUCUAACUAUCCUGGUGGUGUGGCUCCGCCCCCAGAUGAGAAGCACCACCUACCUAUACCUGAGCAGCAUGGCGAUGUCGGAUAUAAUGAUGCUAGUGCUGAUGCCACUCGACCUGUACAAGCUCUGGUGGUACCGCCCCUGGUUUCUUGGUGACGCUGUGUGUAAACUCUCGCAGUUCGUGAGCGAGUGUUGCACUUUCUCCUCCAUCUUGCACAUGACUGCGUUGGGGGCGGAGCGUUACGUGGGCGUGUGUUUCCCACUCAGAGCCCGCCUCCUGGUGACACGGGGGCGUGUCCGUGUACUGAUUGGUGCACUGUGGGGCGUGGCUGCCUUGAGUGCGGGCCCUGUGCUGGUGCUUGUAGGGGCAGAGCCUGUAGAAGGUAAUCUGACGGAGUGCCGUGUGACCCGGUGGGCAGAGUCUUCGGGGCUGAUGGUGGCCAUGUUGUGGCUCUCUAACCUGUAUUUCAUCAUCCCACUGACAACACUAACGAUGCUCUACACACUCAUCGCCCGCCGACUACGCCAACGCAGACACGUCCAUCGAGACCACACCCACCGCCAGACCCUAAGAAUGAUGGUGGUGAUAGUGUGUGUGUUUGUGGUGUGUUGGUUGCCGUUUCAUGUAGCUCGUACGUUGUUCUGUCUGUCUCUGAACUCCAGCGUUCAGGUCUAUUUCCUCUCUCAGUAUCUGAACCUCAUUUCCUUCGUGCUGUUCUACUGCAGCGCCGCCAUCAACCCACUACUCUACAACAUCAUGUCCUCCCGUUACCGUGACAACGUCCGCGCCCUACUCCGCCCACGCACCCGACCCCUGCCAGCCCCCUCCCCUUCCAGCACACACUUCUGACCACUCUGUGCGUGUGUGAGUGCGUGUGUGUGUGUGAUGUCAUCUUAAUCGAUUCUGGGAAGAAUUUGGUGCCAGGAACUGAACCCCCAAGAGGGGUGUGUGUGUGUGUGUGAGAGAGAGCUGUCCUGCACAGUGAGCAGUAUGGGGACUGAAAUGUAAAGUUAAAUACAUUAGAUAAAACACAGAGCUGAAGGUGGUUUUAACUCUUCAGUGUUAAUCACCACAGACUUGCUCUAAAAGCAACCACUGAUUCUGUUAGAAUUUAUUCUAACCUUUUUAUUCCUUAUUAAAGACACACUGUGAGUCAGAUCCACCGCUGAGGAGAAGCUGGGACUGAAAUUCAGAUUUAUUGAUUUUGUUUACUCUCUGUGUGUUUAAAGUUUUAAUAAAAGCUGUUUGGUUGGCAUGGAUACAGAUAUUGAGGUUUAUUGAAUAAACAGUAUUACUGUGAGCUGGGAUGUGUGUGUCUCUACUCAAUUGGCUGUAUUUCGUGUCCCAGCGGUGUUACGACUCUUGUGAAUCACUGAGAGUUGGUUGGUUAUUAAAUAAAUUAAUUCUGAACUGUACGUUUCAGUUUCUGUGUAAUCCUUUACCA